AUGAAUUUGGAGAACACUAAGGAAAACGUCUUGAACGAAGCCCUGGCUGCUGACCUACAGGCAGCUUUUGAGAAGGUUGGACGCGAUGGAUCUGUGAGCUCUAUCGUUUUGAUGUCUGCGAAACCCAAUAGUUUUGUAGCUGGAGCUGAUGUAGGAAUGUUAAGCAAGGCAAAGAGUUCCGCUGAGGGUGCAUCUAUCUCAAAGAAGGCUCAAGAGCAAUUUGAGAAGUUAGAGCGAUCUGGAAAACCUAUAGUUAUGCUCGGGCUACUCCCAGGAGCUGGAGGUACUCAGCGACUCCCAAAAUUGGUAUCUCUUCAAAAUGCAUUAGAUAUGAUGCUCACUGGAAAGAAAGUCAAGGCUGAUAAGGCAUGUGCAUUAAAGAAUUACCCAAUCACCGUAAUGCUCGGACUACUCCCAGGAGCUGGAGGUACUCAACGACUCCCAAAAUUGGUAUCCCUUCAAAAUGCUUUAGAUAUGAUGCUCACUGGAAAGAAAGUCAAGGCUGAUAAGGCUAAAAAGAUAGGUUUGGUCGACUCCGUUGUGCAGCCACUUGGAGAUGGACUUGAACCAGCUGCUGCAAAUACCCACAGAUAUCUAGAGGAAGUAGCCAUAGAUACUGCUCGAAAGUUAGCGAAAGGCUCUUUGAAAAUUAGUAGAGAGAAACCUUUGCUGCAGAAGAUUAUGCAAAAGGUUAUGACAACAUCUUUCGUCCUCGACAAGGUAGUAUUGAAGAUGGCUAGAGAUAAGGUAAGAUGAUU